AUGCCUCCACCCCUCACCCUCACCCUCCUCCUCAUCCCUCCUACCCUCUACGCCCUGCACCUCUCCCACCGCCUCGCCCCCACCUCCCACCUCCCCAUCACCUCCUCCGCUACCACCGCCUUCUCCCUCACCACGUCCCCCACCAUCGCCACACUCGUCAACCCCGCCCGCCACGCCAUCACGACCGACUCCCGCAGCGUGUGCCUCUCUUCCUCCCACCUCCCCCUUAGCCCGUCGGGCUAUCAUUCGCUCUCAGAUCGCGAGAUCCUCACGAAGUUCGUGCGUGGCGUGUUUGGUGGGUGGGUGUUUGCGCCGGAGCGCUGGGCGUUGGGGUGGGCGAGAUGGUGGGGGAUGCCGGAUAUCUUGGAUAUACGGGCGUUAGGGGAGGGUGAGGCGGGAAAGGGCAAGGGCAAGGGGGUUGAGCUGUGGGGGCAGGGGGAGGUUAGGGCCGUGGAGGAGUGGAGGGUGGGCAUGAGGGUUGUUGGGACGUUUGAGGUCGUGCAUGUUAAGGUUGCUGAGGAGGUGGGAGUGGGUGGUGAGGAUGGGAUGGAGAGGGAGAGUUAUGUUGAUUUCGUGUUUGGAUCAGAUACGGGGUUCUUACGGGGGAUGCACCGCUUCUCUGUGCUGUGGAGGUGGGAGGCGGCAGAUGGUGUCACGGAUGGAGAAGGAGGAGGGCAGGAGACGUGUGAACUGCGUUUUUCAUGCCUGACCUGUGAUCCGAUGAGGGAGCAACCGUCGAUGUCUAAGUGGCUACAGAGGUUCCAUCUGGUCUAUGCAAUGCUGCUCUUUCGAGAGGGCGUUGCGGAAGUACUGGCGCCGAAGGGGUAG